AUGGUUGCCUUUAUCGCAGACAUGGAUGGCUCAGGUGGAAAUGCCCCCAUAAUGUCCACUGCAAACCCACCCAUGAAUAGAGCAAGCCCUUCUAUCGCCGCUCCACAGUCUCAAAGAGCCCCUCUGUCCUCAGUCCCAAUUGCAAUAUGCGGUAUGUCAGUACGACUACCGGGUGGCAUUCAUUCCCCUCAACAAUUAUGGGACUUUCUGCUUGACAAGCGGGAUGCACGUGGCCCGGUACCAAAGGCCAGAUAUAACUUGUCUGCAUACUUUUCCAAUACAACAAAGCCUAAUACUACAAAGACAGAAAAUGGGUAUUUUCUCGACGAGAGUAUUGAUAUCGCCAGCAUCGAUACGUCGUUAUUUAACAUGGGAAAGGCGGAGGUAGAAAGAAUGGACCCACACCAAAGGCAGAUGCUAGAGGUUGCCCGAGAAUGUAUGGAGGAUGCAGGUGUGACCAACUGGAGAGGAAGAUCAAUCGGCUGCUAUAUGGGCAGUUUUGGUGAGGACUGGGUGGAAGCUUUCGCAAAGGAGAAUCAGCAAUAUGGACUCCAUCGUGUGAGUGGAUAUGGAGAUUUUGCGUUGGCAAACCGUGUAUCAUAUGAAAUGGAUUUGGCUGGACCUAGCGUCACUGUACGAACCGCAUGCUCUGCAUCUCUUGUUGCACUCAACGAAGCAUGUUCCGCAGUUGCAAAAGGCGACUGCGAAAGCGCCAUCGUCGGCGGCGCAAAUUUAAUAUUGGGCCCCGGUAUGACUACAGCCAUGUCAGAGCAAGGCGUACUGUCCCCCGAUGGACGUUGCAAGGCAUUUUCAGCGGACGCAAACGGAUAUGCGCGAGGAGAAGCUAUUUCCGCAAUCUUCGUCAAACCCCUCGAGGACGCGCUGCGCGAUGGCAACCCAGUAAGGGCAGUCAUCAGAGCAAUUGCGACAAAUAGCGAUGGAAGAGGAACCGGUGGAAUGCAAGUACCCGAUGCGCUUGCUCAAGAGAAAUUGAUGAGGCACACAUAUCAAUCUGCUGGAAUCACCGAUUUCUCUCAAACCGCGUAUGUGGAAUGCCACGGCACAGGUACACCAGUUGGAGAUCCGAUCGAAGCGAGUGCGGUUGGACGAGUUUUCGGUCCUCACGGUGGAGUCAUGAUCGGCUCGGUCAAAUCAAAUCUUGGUCACUCAGAAGGUGCUUCGGGCUUAGCAUCUGUGAUAAAAUCAGUUCUGGCUUUGGAAAAUCGAAUAAUUCCUCCUUCCCUUCACUGCGACAAUCCCAACCCCGCCAUCCCAUGGGAAGCUUCUCAUCUUUCCGUGCCGACAGAGGCAAUUUCAUGGCCAAAGUCAAGAAGUGAGCGAAUAAGUGUCAACUCGUUCGGUAUUGGAGGAAGUAAUGCUCAUGUUGUCCUCGAUUCGGCAAGGAGCUUCGGGAUUUCCUCUGCUGAACUACGGCCUACUAAAACACCUCAACUUCUCGUCUACUCUGCAACAACCGCCGAAUCACUGAAGAAAAUAAUUGCAAACUACGAACAGUAUAUACUGAGAUAUCCUGAUCGCGUCACUGACUUAGCGUUCACCUUGGCGAACAAGAGAGAGCAUUUGCCUCAUCGCGCCUACACUGUGGUAGACCUCUUCCAAGGUCCUACAUCUUCGGUGACAUUCAAACAAAAUGAAAAACCAAAUCUCGCAAUGGUAUUCACAGGUCAAGGUGCGCAAUGGGCGGAAAUGGGUCGCUGCAUGUUUUGUUGCAAUACCUUCGUGACCUUCCAACAGACCAUUCGAUCCCUUGAUGCUCAUUUACAAACUCUUCCUCACUCACCAAGCUGGUCUAUUGAGGACGAGCUCCAGAAGCCAGAUAAGACGAGCAGGUUAAGCUCGGCAGAAAUUUCUCAGCCACUUUGCACAGCCGUCCAAAUUGCGCUGGUGGACACAUUUGCUUCGAUUGGAGUUGAGCCUACCGCAGUCAUAGGCCAUUCAAGUGGUGAGAUCGCCGCUGCUUAUACUGCUGGUGCUAUUGAAGCGUGUGACGCAAUUGAGAUUGCCUUUUAUCGCGGCUACGUGACUCGACUACAAAGCAAGUCCGGGUCUAUGGCAGCUAUUGGGAUGGGCGCCAAAGAUGUCGACCGCUACCUCCAGCCAGGGGUGAGUGUUGCAUGCGAGAACUCGCCCAGAAGCGUUACCAUAUCUGGUGACACCGAGGUUGUUGAAGGUGCAGUUACGAAGAUCAAGGAAGAUCACCCCGACAUAUUAGCAAGAUUACUCAUGGUGGACAAGGCAUACCAUUCUCACCACAUGGCUGAGAUUGGCGCUCAUUACCACACGCUUAUCCAAAACAUAUCCGCCAAGGCACCUCAAAAAUUGUUCUUCAGCAGUGUUGAAGAUGGUCAGAUCAUGCAGGAAACGAUUCUUGGCCCUCAAUACUGGCAGAAGAACUUGGAAUCUCCCGUCUUGUUUCGCUCAGCCGUGCUAUCCCUUCUCCGACACGAGGUUGCGAAGAACCUAGUUUUCAUGGAAGUCGGGCCCCAUACAGCUCUCCAAGGACCACUUCAGCAGAUUCAAUCCGAGACUUUGGAUACAUCACCUUAUGUGUCGACACUUCUUCGUAGUAAGAAUGACGUUGAGGCCGUGUUGGGAUCAGUUGGCAAGCUGCAUUCCCUAAGAUAUCCGGUGCAUUUGGACAAAGUGAUCAGCAGUGGAUCGACUCUUGCCGACCUUCCAAGAUACCCAUGGGACCACUCGAAGAGAUAUUGGUACGAAUCGAGGCUGACCAAACAAUGGAGAAAUCCUUCCUACAAGCACCAUAAUCUUCUCGGAAUGCGUGUCGCAGAGAGCACCGAUCUCGAUGUCUCUUUCCGAAAUCUAUUCCACAUGGAUAAUGCCCCUUGGAUACGCGACCACAAGAUUGGUACUGAUAUCCUGUUCCCAUUUGCAGGAUAUGCUGAGAUGGUUGGAGAGGCCAUGAGACAGCUGGAUGGGUCUGGACACGGAUUCACGAUACGCAGAGCAGUUAUCAGCACUGCCCUUGUCCUCCAAGACAAUGGAGUCCCAGUUGAGAUGAUAACGACAAUGCGUCGACACCGCUUGACAGAGUCCACAGACACUGACUGGUGGGAGUUUAGCAUUGCGUCCCACAAUGGAGCAAAUUGGACAAAGCACUGCUUUGGAGAAGCGAGGCCUCUCGAAUCUGAGCUGUCCCCGAUGUGUAACACACCUCAUUUACCUCGAAAAGUGCCCUCUGCUCGCUGCUACACUGCCAUGGCACAGGCUGGACUCAAUUACGGGCCAAUGUUCCAGCGCCUCGCGGAGGUCCGUACCGCCACGACCAAACAAGAGGCAACUGCCCAGAUCGCUACAAGGGACUAUGAUACCCAAGAGUACCACUUACACCCCAGUAUUAUUGAUGCUUCCUUGCAGCUAUUCAGUGUCGCUGCAAUGAAAGGUUACGCGAAUGCUGCAGCUCGGAUGAUGAUACCUACGAGAAUUGAGGAAAUUAGUAUCCUCCGCUGUUGUGAAGACCUUCACCUCCACAUGUCCGCAGAAAACACACCAAAUGGCUCUGUGAUUGGAAAAGGAGAAUGCUUUAGUACUAGUGAAGGAAAGGUCGUCUUGCGAUCAUCCGGCGUCAGACUCUCUUGUGUUCAGGAUGCUCCUGAAGAGAGCCGGGACGGCUUUGCGAGAUUAGAAUGGGGACCCCAUAUCGACUUUAUAGAUGUGGCGAGCUUGAUCAAGACACCGGAGCAUGACCGCAAACCAAAUACGGACAUGAUCACGGAACUGUGUCAGCUUUGCAUGAUUCACUCUAGACGCACAGUCGGAAGCCUGGACACUCCACUUCCUCACAUGCAAAAAUACCGAGCAUGGAUUGACCAUCAACUUCAGUCUUCCAACAUUCCACGCCUUGAAGAGCUCGAAAGUGAGCUCAUUGAAUAUCGCAUCGAUUCCUUGGUUGAGAGCCUGAGGGGAACGAAGGCAUGGGUUCCAUCAACGGCGAUACGAAAAGUUUUCAAGCAAAUUCCCCAGAUCUUCACUGGCGAGGUAGAAGCUCUUGAUGUUCUUCUUGCUGAUGAGACUCUAACCAACCUUUAUACGGAAAUGGAUCAAUGCGAUACAUCGCAGCUUCUCAAGCAUUUGGCGCACCGGAAGCCAAACAUGAGUAUCCUCGAGAUCGGCGCUGGUACUGGUGGUACCACAGCGAGUAUCCUCAACCAUCUGAAGGAUGGUGAACGAACUUUGUACUCGAAGUACACAUUUACCGAUAUUUCCCCGGGAUUUUUCCCACCCGCCAAGGGGCGAUUCAGCGUGUAUCCAUCGAUCGAAUAUGCCACCCUGGACAUCACCAAAGACCCUUCAGAGCAAGGCUUUGUCGGUCGCAACUACGACCUAAUCAUUGCUUCCAAUGUAAUUCACGCUACCCCAUGUCUCAAUGAAUCUCUCCGUAACGUGCGGAAGCUGCUUAAGCCCAGUGGUCAUUUCAUUUUGAUUGAGUUGACACCUACCCGAAAGUGGGUCAACUACAUCUGGGGAGUCCUCCCGGGUUGGUGGUGCGGUGAGAGUGAUGGAAGGACAGAUGAGCCAUAUAUAAGCGGGGAACAAUGGCAUAAGGAGUUGGCGGCAGCCGGGUUCCGCUCUCCAGAUGCAGUGGUCUACGAUGCGGAGGAGCCAUGUCAGCUUGGCGCUGUUAUCGUUGCUCGGCAAGACAUUCAAGACUUUUGUGAAAAGCGUGUCACGUUGGUAGCCAUAUCCAAGUCAAACAGCACAAAUCUCCUGCAAGAGAGGCUUGAGCGAAGAGGCUACAGCGUCGACUACCGUGAACUGAGUGAACUCCCUCUCCCUCCUAGGCAAGAUGUGAUAGCAGUGUUGGAUGACGGUGUCUCUUUCUUUACCGAUAUGGAUAGUUGGCAUUUGGAUUCAUUCAAGAAAAUGGUGGAUGGGCUGAAAGAUUCCAGACUACUUUGGGUCACGGGGCUUUCGCAAAUCCAAUGUAAGGAUCCGCAAUUUGCCCAGAUAAACGGCAUUGCCAGGUCUAUUCGACUUGAGACACUGGUGGAAUUCGGGACCUGCGAGGUCGAUAAUAUCAGUAUUUCCGCUGGAAGAAUCGUCGAUGUGUUUCAAAAGUAUGCGUUGCGUCUGGAUGAGGAAGAUUUGAAGCCAGACUAUGAAUACGUGAUUUUGGAUGACGUCGUUCAUGUUGGGCGGUUCCAUUCUUUCAAACCGAAGGAGGAGCUGCUUACAUCUGCACCGUAUGAUAAUAUCACCCUUCGCACUAGUAAGCCUGGCAGACUGGACUCUCUACACUGGUCAAAUCAAGAGACGCGAACACUAGAGGGGAAUGAUGUCGAGGUUGAAGUGUACGCGACAGGAUUGAACUUCAAGGAUGUUCUCUGCGCUAUGGAUAUUGUUGAGAGCCAAGAAAAUGGGUUUGGCCUUGAGGCUGCUGGAAUCGUUCGCCGCACUGGUCCGAGUGUAGCGGAUCUCGAAGUGGGUGACCGUGUGAUGAUUCUGUCAUCCAUCUGUUUUAGCACAAGUGUUAUUGUUUCCGAAUACGUCUGUGAACGCAUACCCUCUGGUCUUAGCUUCGAAGACGCCGCGACCAUGCCAUGUGUGUUUGCAACGGCGGUGCAUUCGAUUAUGGAGGUUGGCAAUUUACGAAAGGAACAGUCAAUUCUCAUCCAUAGUGCCUGUGGCGGCGUCGGCAUUGCGGCUAUUCAGCUGGCACAGAUGAUCGGUGCUGAGAUCUACGCGACAGUAGGAAGUGAAGAGAAAAUCCGCUUCCUCGUUGACAGGUACGGGCUGUCACCGAGCAGAAUUUUUAGCUCCAGAGACACCUCAUUUGCGAAUGCUAUUCUUGGGGCGACCGAUGGGGAGGGUGUGGAUUUGGCAUUAAACUCGCUAUCUGGGGAGCUGCUCCACGCGACAUGGUCCUGCAUCGCCGAAUUCGGUAAAAUGGUUGACAUCAGCAAGCGGGACGCGAUAGGCUUUGGAAAACUAGACAUGGUGCAUUUCAUGCCAAAUAGAAGUUACUCCUGCGUUGAUUUGGAUCACAUUUGUCGCAAAAAGCCGAAGAUCGCAAAGAGACUGCUCAAGGAGACCGCACAUCUACUCAGGGAGCGCUACAUUCAUCCUAUUAGACCAGUCAAGAUAUUCAAAGGUGACGUCACGUUGGAUGCCUUCCGAUACAUGCAGCAGGGUGUGCAUCUCGGUAAGAUUGUUGUGGCGAUGCGGGACUUGACUGGAGAUAUCAACGUACAUGCCAAUAUCCAGCCACAGGAAGCCAUUACUUCUUUUGACAAGUCAGGCGUGUACUUGUUGAUCGGAGGCCUCGGAGGCAUUGGUCGCUCCGUUUCCACGUGGAUGGCUGCGCGUGGAGCCCGUCACCUUAUUCACAUGUCUCCUAGUGCUGGCACAAAACUUUCCCACUGCGAGUUUGCUCAAGAGCUAUCGAGUAUGGGCUGCCAUGUUGACUUCGUUCGGGGCGAUGUGUCAAGUCUGAGAGAUGUCAUUACAGCAGUCACGCGCUCCGAAGGACGAUUGAAAGGCAUCCUGCAGAUGUGCAUGGCACUGGACAAUCAAACUCUUGAUCGAAUGACAACAAAUGCAUGGAACUAUGCUGUUGAUCCAAAGGUCCGGGGCACAUGGAAUCUCCACAACGCGACUAUGGGCGCCAAAUGUGAUCUUGAGUUCUUUGUCAUGUUUAGCUCCAUUUCUGGAGUCUGUGGACAGCCCGGUCAAACAAACUACGCUGGGGCAAACACAUUUCUAGACGCAUUUUCUCAAUACCGAUUGAAUCAGGGACUCCCAGCUUGUGCCAUACAAGUUGGAGCUGUUGAGGGAGUCGGCUUUCUGGCCGAAAAUGAUGGAAUUAAGCAACAACUGAAGGCAUCCGGUGCCCUCCCAUCCGCUGUGUCGGAGGCGGAAGUUCUUACCGCGUUGGAGCUAGCCAUGAAAUCCAAGCCAAGCAAGGAGGCGAUGGCGAGCGCACUGAUCAACAACAAUAUUUGCUUAGGCUUGCGCACGGACAUUCCUCUCAGCGACCCGAACAAUCGACUACCUUGGAAAAAGGAUUCUCGCAUGGGAGUCUUCCAUAACGGAGAAGGCACCGGAUCAACAACAGGCGCACCCAUCAGCGACGGUUUGAAGUCAUUUAUCAUCUCUGCUAAGCAAAAUGCCGCUCUGUUGACUAAUGUCGAUUCCGCUCAUUUUCUCGCUGUGGAAAUUGGUAAGAAACUUUUCAGCUUUUUAAUAAAGCCUGAAGAGGACCUGGUGACUUGGUGUUCCCUCGGCGAGCUGGGCAUGGACUCCUUGGUCGCCAUUGAAGUCAGACAGUGGUGGAGACAGAAUUUUGAAUUCGAUAUCAGUGUUCUGGAAAUGUUAGGGAUGGGCUCCUUGGAUGCGCUCGGAGAGCAUGCCGCCAAGGGAAUGUUGAAACUGCUCCACGGCGAUCAAAAUUGA